AUGGGCGAAGAGGUGGUGGUCUUUGAUGUUUGGGUAAACCCUUACAGUCGCAGAGUAGAGACUGCUAUGAGACUGAAAGGAGUACCCUACAGAUACAUUGAAGAAGAUUUAGGCAACAAGAGUCCUUUGCUUCUCAAAUAUAACCCCAUCCAUGAGAAAGUUCCCGUGCUUGUACACAAUGGAAAUCCUAUUGCAGAGUCCCUUGUGAUUCUUGAAUACAUUGAUGAGACCAGGCCGCAGGGUUUUCCCAUAUUGCCUAGAGAUCCUUACGAGAGAGCCACUGCACGUUUCUGGUCCAAGUUCAUUGACGACAAGUGUAUGCCUGCAAUAACGCAAGCUUGCUGGGAUGAAGGAGAAGCGAGUGAUAAGGCAGUGGAAGAAGCAACUGAGCUUCUAAUGUUUCUGGAGAAUGAGCUAAAGGAAAAGAGGUUCUUUGGAGGAGAGAGGAUUGGAAUGGUAGACAUAGCAGCUAAUAUCGUAGGCUUCUGGCUUGGAACCAUUGAAGAAGUUACUGGGGUAGAGUUGAUGACGAGAGACAAAUUUCCCAAACUGAGCAACUGGAGCAUUGAAUUUGUGAGAAGCAAUGUUAUCAAGGAAAAUCUUCCUCCAAGAGAGGGAGUGAUUUCCUAUUUACGGAAGAAAAGAUUAACCCGCUAA